CCCCGACUAAUCUCUGAUAUUUUAACUCGUUAGGGGAUAAGAUCGAUCGCCCGAUUGAAGUCUAGCAAUAUGAGUUUUACAUUACCAAAUACUUAAUGGGCUGAACAAUUUAUAGGCCCAUUAAAGAUCAUUAAUGGGCUGAGUGACCAAAUACAUGUAACCGGAGAAUCAUCCUCUUCUCUUUUUUUUUCCGUUAACAAUUUUGCUGAGUGAGGAAAGGUUUAGGGUUCAAAGAAGAAAAAAAAUGGAGAGGAAUCGUCUGAGUUCGUCUGCCGGUAUGGAGGUUCCAGUCGCAGGCGGCGGAAGUGUUGUCAAAUGGGUCGAUAUAUCAGUCUCUGCUCCUCCUUGUACGGAGGACAAUGGAUGUGUUCUCCUUCCAUCGUCGGAAGAAGACUACGCUUCGAGCUGUGUAAUUGGCGAACCUCCGAUCUCUUUCGUUUGGAGAAUCAACAAAACGAGCUCAAACGUUCUCGAGCUUCUUCAGCUCUCUUCUGAAUCUGGGUUUCCUUUAACUGGGCUUCGCUUCGUCUUCGCUCAUACCCUCUCCCCUUUCGCUUUUCUUUUCGCCGACGAGGGUAAUGAUAGUGGUCGUCUCGUCUUCUUUCUUUACGCUCUCACGCCCUCUGGUGUUGUCUACCUCCUUAAACUCGAUAAUACUUCAGCCUAUAAGUCCGGCUCAGUCUUCCCGCUUGACCAUCUGACCCACUUGGAUGUUCGACCUUACUUGAACGAAACUCAUGCUACUAGUGUGGCUGCAUCGCCUGGGUUCCUUUUCCUUGGGAGGUCUGAUGGCUGUGUCUAUUGCUUCCAACCUCAGAGACCACCAGGUUUCCACCAGGAGCUACGUGAUGAUACAGGACUUGGUCGUCUUUGGGGUUUUGUAAGGGGGACAGUUGUUGCAGCUGUGCAAGAUUUGUUUAUAUCAGAAGUUUAUGGAAGAUAUUUUAUAUGCGUGCUUCAUGCUGAUGGGGCGUUACGUGUCUGGGACAUUUUUACCUGUAGCAGGGUUUUGUGUCAGAGUAUAGCUGCUAAAAACGUUGAGGGGGUUAUGUGUCUGAGGUUAUGGUUGGGCAAAGCUGAUUACGAUUCUGGCAUCAUUCCUUUAGCUCUCUUGUAUAGAAAUACUAUGGAUGUCAACGUGGUGGACGUGAUCACUGUAUAUGGCCUGCACUUUAGUUCUGGGGAGGGGAUAGCCUUGUCUCUGGAUUCUGGACUACAGAAUAUUUCACUGGAAGGGGGGGAAUUGUGUGAUGUCAGAUUUACAUCCGACAAGAUCUGGACUCUGAAGGCUGAUGAAUUGACAUCUCACAUGUUGUACCACAAAUCUAGCACCAUGGAAGCACGGUCUUACACUUUACAAGAGGAAUACAUUUCUGAGCAGUUAUUUCUGAGUGCUAGGAGCUCUUCGCAUGACCUUCUUUUGACUUCACAUUCACUAUUUUCAUCCGCGAAGGAUCAAAUUAUGGGAUUCAUUUCAUCAAUCUUCGUACGUAGGCUUCUUUGUCCUGGAAUUUAUCACAAUGUUGCCUUGCGUCUGACUUUACGGGACCACAACAAACACUGGACUGAUUCUGAAUUUCAAUCCUUAAGUCUUGAUGAGCUUAAAAGCGAGAUUCUUUUACUAGUUGAGCAAGAGGUUACUGGUGAGACUUCUAUUUCAGUUUUUCACUGGUGGGAAAACUUUUGUUCGUGCUAUCUUGAUCACUGGUGCAACAAUAAUGAACCUUGCACGUUGCUGGUUCAGUCAGAUGUUAUUGGUUUAGUUAGAAACAAUUCUGUAUCACUGUUCUCUAGAUUAGAGAACGUUGAGCACAGCCUUGGAGGAUCUUCCUCCGAACACAGCGGCCUGACAAGCUUAGGCUUGGGGAUGUCUAUCAAUGAACAUGAGAUUCUGUCGGAGGUACUAAGAUGUACUUUGAAGAUCAAUAAGCAGUGGGGUGCUGCUCCUUAUGCCAUGUAUUAUGAAUCGGUUACUGGAAGGCCAGUUAUCUCAUCUGAGGAAAUUGUUCCUCGCUUAGUUAACAUCCUUGAGUCGGGAUAUGCGAUGUCCAUAGGUCAGCGUACUUGGUCGGAUCUUGGUACUGAUAGAGCAUGGGAAAAAGAGCUGGAAGCUCAAAAAAAUCUUAGGACAUUUUCCAUUGAAAUGUUAUUGUCUCUCUCUGCUCUAUGUCAAAGGGCUGGAUCUUGGGGAAAGGUUUUUACUAUCAUGGAGCACUAUUUGCAGUAUCUGGUCCCUAAGAAAGUUAUGCAUAACAAUGUUGGCGAGACAUUAUCUGAUAUCUGUAGUUCUAUCCUCGUUCAAGCGACUUCUCAGUUUGCACAGGUGAUGUUUGAGUCUGCCUUUGACAUCUUCCUACUCGUCAGCUAUCUGCUUAACAUCUCUGAGCAGGUAAAUAUGUCACAGCAAGACAUAUGUAAGCUACGGCUUGAAUUGCUUCCGAUGAUCCAAGAUAUCGUCUCAGAGUGGCUCAUCGUUCUUUUCUUUGUUACCACGCCGGCUCAAUUGACUUCAAUGGAUGAUUUCAGCUCUAAGCUCUCAUCUCUACAGAUUGAUAGCAGCAUUGACAAAAGAUCAUGGAACACAAUGCUUGGGAAAUGCGGUUUCUCAUUGGCGUAUAUUCUUCUUUUCAGUGACCGAAGUUGCAUUGUGGAUAGCCGAUUUAACUUAAGAUAUCUUCCAAGUUCACAAAUCAUUACAAGCUUGGUACAAAACUUUAUCAGCUGGAUUCGUUAUAGUAAAACAGGAGAAGACGCUUCUUCUUUGCUAAGACGCUCAACUGAGCUUACUCUUAGGUUGAUCAGGAAUGGACAGGCUGAUGCGGUUGAGCGAAUCCUCUUGGUUGUGGAGGCAAGUUUACGUGGGGAGAAAACAUUUGGACAUGCCCAAGAUACCAACGGAGAUUGGUGUCUUCUUCAACAUCUCCGUGGUUGUUGCCUCCUUGAUCAAGUACAACGUGGAGCAUGCGGGAUAUCAAGAGAGAGGAAGAUUAGUGAUUCCAUCCGCUGCUUCUUCAGAGCUUCAUCAGGUGAAGGAUCUUGGAAGGCUUUGCACAGUUUGGCUAAAGAAGCAGGAUUUUCACAUUCCACAAUUGGUGCCAGUAUUUCAGAUGGUGAAAAGUCUUGUGCAACAUGGAAACUUCAUUACUAUGAAUGGGCUAUGCAAAUUUUUGAACGGUAUAAUAUAAGUGAAGGAGCUUGUCAGUUUGCGUAUGCAGCCCUUGAGCAAGUAGACGAGGCCAUUAAUUUCAUGGAGAGUAGCGAGAACGUCCAUCCACCUGUAACAGCCACUUACUGUAGAGGACGACUGUGGGCAAAUGUUUUCAAGUUCACGUUAGAUCUGAAUCUCUUGAAUGAUGCUUACUGCGCUAUUAUUUCAAACCCUGAUGAGGAAAUUAAGCGCAUCUGUUUGAGGCGCUUCAUCAUAGUUCUAUUUGAAUGUGGCAAAACCAAGAUCCUCAGUGAGGGACAUUUGCCUUUCAUCGGCUUAUCGGAUAAGAUCACCCAAGAGCUCUUUUGGAAGGCUGGGAGGUCUGAGAUAAUGAUAAAGCCAAAUCCAUACAAGCUGCUUUAUGCUUACGAGAUGAGACGACACAAUUGGCGAAUGGCGGCAAGUUACAUGUAUCAGUUUUCUGCUCGUCUGAGAAGUGAGGCAGCAUCCACGGAUUAUAAACACAAGUCCCUAGUUUUGCAAGAGAGGCUAAAUGGACUUUCUGCUGCUAUAAAUGCAUUAAGUCUUGUGCAUCCUGGGCAUGCUUGGAUUGAUCCACUACCAGAAGAAUCCAUGCAUUAUCCAGCAAAAAAGGCUAAAAGAGUAGAAGAACAACAAUCAGUAAGGAGUAGUGACCAGCCAAAAGGGUAUCAGAGUUGCAUUGAUAUCGAGAAAAUCCAAAACGAGUAUGUUUUCACCACAGCAGAAUAUUUGCUUUCUCUGAAAAACUUUGAGUGGACAUAUUCAGGGCUCGAAAAGCCACCACCGGACUUGGUUGACCUUCUUGUUCAGGCAGACUUGUAUGACAUGGCAUUCACUGUUGUUUUAAAAUUUUGGAGAGGCUCAGCUUUGAAAAGGGAGCUGGAAAAGAUAUUUGAGAAUAUGACAAUUAGAUGUUGCCCUGCUAAAGGAACGCUGUGGUCAUCAAAUGAUCUCAGGCCUAAUCUCUUGCUAACAUCUACGGAAGACGAAGUCACUCAUUCGCCUGAUAGAAGCCCUGCUGCUCAAAGCUCCAACUUGGCUGGUGACUGGGAAAUUCUUGAGGUUUAUCUUAAGAGGUACAAAGACAUACACGCUAGAUUGCCAGUUACUGUUGCUUCAACUCUUCUUCAGGCAGAUUCUUGUAUCGAAUUGCCUCUUUGGCUGGUUCACAUGUUCAAGGACGGCAAGAAGGAGAAAGCUUUGGGAAUGGGUGGGCAAGAAGCAAGUCCUGCUUCCUUGUUUCAGUUAUAUGUUGACUAUGGGCGUCUUACAGAGGCCACUAAUUUGCUAUUGGAGUACAUGGAAUCAUUUGCAUCAUCGAAACCAGCAGAGGUACUGAAAAGGAAAAAGGUAUCAGGGGUUUGGUUUCCUUACACAACAGUGGAAAGACUAUGGUGGGCGCUAGAGAAAACGAUGAACUCAGGACGGAUGUUGGAGCAGUGCCAGAAGCUUAAGGGACAACUCCAACAAGCGUUACUCAAUCACUUAAAGCUGCUGAAGGUGGACUCGGAUGAUGCUGUGUCGUCUGCAACAGGCUGAAGAAAAUCAAAGUUGAAAUGGGAGGCCUCAUGACUGAUUUGUGUGAAUCUGAAACUCGUAUCUGUGUUUUCGGUUUUCUUAAGAGUACAUUGUUAUGGGUGGUUGCUGCUAGAGUACAUUAUCCUCAAUUUUCAUUACCAAAACUAUAUGAUAAAAAUCAAAUUUGAUAAUCCGAUCUGAUCCGAUAA